GGGUCGUCGCUUGCUAACGUUCUCCUACACAAACCAAUCCCGUCCGAAAAAAAUGGGUGCAGAAUAUCAGCCAGAUAUCAAACAGAAGCAAGGAAAUCUUGCGAAUCAAUUUGAUAAAAGUGCCAGCACUGUCAGGCAGUACUGCGACACGGUGGAAAAUAGCUAUGUCAGACCUAUACUUGAGAGAUUUAUGCAUGCUUUCCAUACGUAUCCUAUCCAGACCACAUUCUUCACGGUGUUCGGUCUCAUGAGCUUCCUUCCAGUAGCAUUAUCCAUUGGUUUCUCUCUCUUCAUUAUAGCUUCUUCCAUCUGUUUGAUCGUAUUUUCCGGGAUAUUCGUCGCCGCUGCCAUUCUGACAGUUCUCGUCGGAGUCCUGGCAUCCGUCUUGAUUACCUUAGGGAUAGCUUCCUCUUUGCUGACCGCGCUGUUAAUCUCCGUAUACCUAGUCUUUAGGCUUGGUGUACUUGUCCGUUUUGAUGGGCGUGCCGGUAUAUCAGAGUGGGCCGUAGAAACUAAGCAGCACUUCUCUCAAGCCGCGAUGAACACCAAGGCUGACGACAGCGAUAGUUCCGAAGCAUCGCACGUGCUAGUCGACUCGCACAACGAUCAAGAUAAACCGAUGAAGCAGGAGGUUGAAGGGGGGAAUUGAGUAGUAUUCAGGCUCUUCGUUCGAUGUCGCUAAAACUAAAUUGACUGAACUGUAUCUGUAUCUUCUAUUUUGGACUGGUAUUCGCGCUCCGUAACGUUGUCUCCAUACUGUACGAAUAAGCUUGGUACUUUGAACAUUAGAAACACGAUUAAUUUUGCACUAG